AUGUACAAGUUGAAUACGAGGAACGUAGUGUACAACAAGUUUAUGACUGUUACGAAAACAAUUAAACUGACCACGAUGACGAUGUCGACGCUGACAACAGACACAACCCAAUUUAUCUGCCUUGAACAAAUGAUCGACGAAGUAAAGGCAUAUUCCAACGAUGAGAUCAUGGAAGUCUGGUUAGAAGAUAUUUCAAGCGAUGAUGAUGAAACAAGUGAAAAAGAUGAAAACAAGUUCUUCGUGCCUUCCCAUGCCGAAAAAUUGGGGAAAGCUCGAAAUUAA